AUGACGUACAUCCGAGUGAACAAGACGGUGGGAAAUGUGGAAGCGGAUGGAGUUAAGAUAAUAUUGGUGAUGGAGGGAGAUUCUGUCACCCUACACACUGAUGUUACUAACAUUCAGAGAAAUGAUCACAUAACAUGGGAGUUUGGAACUGAAAAAUUAUGUAUUGCUAAAGUCUAUAAACACAGUAUUCAUAUGUAUCCUGGUGCUGAUGGGAGAUUCAGAGACAGACUGAAACUGCAUCCGACUGGAUCUCUGACCAUCACAAACACCAGAUUCAGUGACGCUGGAUAUUAUACAGUGUCUAUCAGCAGCUCCAGAAGAACCUUGCGGGAGAUAUUCAUGGUUAUUGUAGAUGCUCCUCUGCCUGUACCUGAGAUUAUCAGUAACUCUUCACAAUGUUCAUCAUCUGGAUCAUCAGAGUCCAGAUGUUCACUGGUGUGUUCAGUGUUGAAUGUGAGUCAUGUGACUCUCUCCUGGUACGCAGGAAUCAGUGUAUUGUCCAGCAUCAGUGUGUGUGAUCUCAGCAUCAGUCUCUCUCUACCUCUGGAGGUGGACUAUCAGGAUAACAACACAUACAGCUGUGUGAUCUACAAUCCUGUCAGAAACCAGACCACACAUCUCAACAUCACGCAACUUUGUCAACCAUGUGAAGACUCUGUCCAGUGUUGUAGUUUUACUGAAGCUGUGAUCCGAUUGGUCCUCUCUGUUCUGGUGGGCGUGGCUGCUGUUGCUGUAUUGGUUGAUCAUUUCAGAUCCAUGAAAGUUGAACAGAAAAUGAGGAAACAGACAGAAAACAGUCAAUCACCAUCAGUUCCUCAAUGAUUAAUCCUAGAUUCUCCCAUGUGGUCAAUAGAUGGUGAA